UAGUUACCAACAUUUGACUUGUCUUCCUUUUAAUUCAAUUUUUGAUAUCAAUGAUAUUCUCUUUCAACUUUAAUUCACAGGUAUACCAGGUGAUUUUUCUGAAUUGAAUCAGUCGAAAAACUCAUGGAAAAAUGUUACGAUAAAAAAUUUAUGGUUUCGAAGGGGAAAUCCACUUAUGCUUUAAUUUCCUUCAUUUCUCUCACCCUUGAGGGGGGGGAAGAGGGGCAAACUUUAAUAUAACAUGCGCAGUACAAUUUUUGAAACAAAACAAUCCUACUUUCUCUUAAUGAGAAAUAAAUGGAUAUACAUUCUCCAUAAUGGUUAGAAAUUCAGUGUUGUUUGUAAUCUUGCCCUGACUAGUGUUGUUAUUUAUAUAUUUGUUGAAUCUUCUUUGUGCUUGAGACAAUGUCGUUUAAUAACCAGAGUUCCGACAUGAUCCCAAUACAAGUUGAAUAUGCAGAAUAUAAACGGAAGAAAGAAUAUUUGAAGAGAAUAGUGAGACUCACGACAUCAAAGAUGCAGGAUGACGAAAGUGAUGUGGAGAGCGGCUCAAUGAGCUACAGAAUCCAUUACAAAAUCUACAUAGAGGCUCUGGAGCAAUUAUUAGGCAAGGAAGUAGUUGAGAGAAAAAUAAAAGAUAAGGAGGAAAGAGAAAAGAGAGAGAAAGAAGAAAAGAAAAUUGAAGAAAGAACCUGGACCGAAAAGUUAGCAAUUUUCAAAGCUAUGAACAGAGCUUCUUGCUAUAAGCAACAGUUGGAUCAAGUAAUUAUCGGACAAGAAAGUAUAAAAGAUGCAAAUUUGUUAAUGGCGAACCUCUGUAGCCAGGACAAACAAAGAAAUACACAUAGACAUUUAGAAUUCACUCCUACUGUACCAAAAAGGGCUUUGUAAACUGAUGGUUGUUAAAAUAUGAAUAGAUAGAACCAAAUAUGUUGAAUCAAAAAAUAUACCAAAGAAAUAUUAAAAACAAUUUCUCAUUCUGGAGUUUUAGCAUUUAUUUUCAAUACUCCAUUAAAUUUAUCAGAAAAAAUUAUAGGGUUCUAAUUCAAAUUAUUAUCUGAGAUGAUCUGAAAAUAUGUAAAUAUAUUGUAUAUAGUUCUGUAUUAAAAUAAAAAAAUAUAAAAAAUAAAGCUUUUUAAAUUAUUCGAAAUGAACUCAACUGGUAAGAUUGCGGACUAACAGGUCAUUAAAAAUAAAGAAAAUCUUCCCUUUGAAUCAUUCAAUUUUCAUUUUGUGAAAUUCAAUCGGAUGUGAUUAGUGGAAUUCUUAUCUUAUCUAUAUGAGAAAAGUUACAAAAUUAUAAUAGAAUUUUCAUCCCCAUUAAUGAAGGCAAUGAAUAUCUUGUUUGUAGUACCUCCUUAAAAGAUUAUUCCAUAAGAAAAUCAUUUACUGAUGUAGAGAAAAUUCAUAUCUAUGAGAAAAAUUCAUAUUUUCUUUAUUCGUGAAAUAUAUCAAUGUUGUGCAAAAAAAUUAUCAAAUAAUAUUAGAUUCAAGCAUGUUGUGUCACUCAUAUAGAAAUUGCAUGUAGUUAUAUUUCUGUUUCUACUCUGCAUCUAUAUUUUCAGGUUAAUAAUAACUUUUUCCGAAAGAGAGAAAUUCGUAUUUUAAAAUUUUUCAACAAAUAUUAUGUAACACAGCU